AUGUCAUACUCGUAUAAAUUAUCCCAGUAUUAUCCUCUAGACCUCUACCAUCGAUUUCUCGCAGUGCUGUUUACUCGUCCGGACAUCGCGAUGUCAUCCAUUUGUACUUCACUACGCUCCCAUCCGGGUGCAAGCUGUAUCGCAAUCCGCAAUGCGCGUAAGUUAACAAAUGGAUUAACUCAUAACUUCUCUAGAAGAAAAAAGAAGCCUCGCAAGUGUUUUACAUCUGCACAAGAAGAUCAUUCCAUUGUGGUUACAUUUACAGUUGACACUGCUGUAAAGGCUGGCCAAGGCCAACAUGAGCUACACUUGUCUACUCACUACACUUUUCAUAACACUUCCAAGAGUGACAAUGAAGAAGAUCGGAUGUCUACAUCAUCUAAAACAAGUGAUUUCUAUCAAUUUCCAUUCGAAACGGAUUGCCUUGACACAAGCGCGCAGUAUUGCCUAGUAACAGAGGGAUGUCUACAACCAUUAUCAAUUGAAAAUAUAUACCAUCAAGAGAAUCACCUUGUCCAUUGGUGUAGGUCAUGUGGCACAACUCAAACACCGCUUUGGAGGGAUAUCUCUUUGCAGCCAGAUGUCAGAAGAAAAUUAAUAUGGACUAAUAUUAACAGAUAUCGAUUCUGUAAUGCAUGCGGCAUCCGAUUGAAAAAUUGUAAAAUUUACUGUGGAAUGUGCUUUUACAUUCCUAAAAAGAAGGAUCUAUCUCAAAACUCUUGUCAAAGAUGUAAAAAAGAAAAAACGGAAUGUGAUUUACGCGAUCUCGCUUCAAUGUCGAGUUGGUUCUUUUACUUCCUAUAUGCUGUAGACUUACUUUGUAUGCCUGAUGUGUGCAAAACUAGUUCUCAUGUUCGCAUUCUGGAUACCGUACCUAUAAAAUUUCGCAACAGCGCAUCCCUGCUGUCUCCCUCCUCAAGUCAUACUCUUCGAGAGAGUUGUAAUCCUCGCCACUCGGCUAUGCGCGAAUCACCGAUGGAUAAAAAUAAUCGCAGUACGUCAUCACAGAAACCUGCCAGAAGCUUUGCUUCUAAAGCUUCGAUAAAGCAAAAAAUAAAUCCGAAGGAAACGAAAAAACCUCUUAAACGGCAAAUGAGAGACGCUGAAAGAUUACUGAGGAAUCCAAAGUUGCAGGACAAUAUUCGUCAAGAAAAAGAGCUAUUAAUAGAGAAGCUUUCUUCACAACUGAAGCAGAAUAAGUCUAAACUAAAAGCAGCUAAAUAUGCCAAGAAAUAUAAAAAAGUGAAAUUUUUUGAAAAGAAAAAGCUAACUCGAAGGUAUCUAUCGUUGCGUAAAAAGUUAAAAAACUGCGAAACAGAGGACAGUGGAGAAUUGCAUGAAGAAAUGAAGCAAGUGGAAGCUCAGCUGAAUUACGUAAUAUAUUUUCCGCCUGAUAUUAAAUACAUUUCCUUAUUUCCAUCUAAACCUGGUCAAGACGAUAAAGUUAAUGCAAAGAAAGGCUAUGUUGUGCUUGUACUAAAUAAAGUAUAUAAUAAAUUUAUCACAACAGAUGAAAUUUUCGAACAGAUUAGUGAGGACGUUACGAAUGGAAAACUACCAGGAUAUAGUAAUUUAUUAAACAAAGACCCCAAAAGAAAUAAACGCCAAGCGAAGAGACUUACUAAUAAAGGUUCCAACUCAAAGCAAGAAGACGAGUUUUUUAUUGUUGACCGAAUGCCUGAUGAGGAUAUCAUUGAUGGUUGA